AUGUUAAUAUUAAAAAUUUAUUAUGAUUAUUAUUGUCAAGGAGCAAAUAGUUUAUUAUUAUUAAAUGAAUUAUUAGAAAUAUUACAAGUUAAUAUAGAAUUUAGUGCUGAAGAAUCACAAGUAUUUCGUAUUUUAUUAAAACCAGUUGAACAUAUGAUUGGAUACAAUGAUGAAGAACAAAAUUAUUUAAAUGAAUUAUUUAAAAUAGAUUGUACGGCCGAAGAUGAAUUAUCUAUUCGACAUUCAUUAGUUAAUUUAAUCAGUAUGAUUAUAUUAGGAGACCCGGGGUCUUCUAAUGUGUCCAACUCUUUAUAA